AUGAAUGAUCUUGGCAGAAAGAAGCUGAAGACAUGGCUUCAGAAGAGCCUUGGCAACCACCCCGAGAAUGACAACGGGCUGGUCGCGUAUGUCGAGGCCAUAGUCGGGGAUGCGGACGGACCGGACGAUGAUCUGCGAGAGAAAUGGACGGAAAAGCUGGAUGAUUUCCUUGCCGAGAGCAGUGCAGACUUUACCAACGUCCUCCUCAAAGGUGUUCGUAACGGCGGGAACUUCGGCAGCGUUUGGAAGGGCGCCGGUGGCGGUGGCGGCGGAGGUGCUAGUACUGGUAGCGGCGUGGGUCGUGCCGAGGAAAGCAACGAUGCUGGGACUCACGAUGAUAUGAACGACGCCUCGGGGGAGGCUCCCGCUUCGAACAUGGAGGAACACGAAGAUGUCGAAGGUGAUGCCCAAGAGGACUAUCAAGAGGACAGCUGGGUUGACGACGGGAGGGGUUGGGAAGAGGAGGAAGAUGAACAGCACCAGGAAGACGAUGAAAACGACCAAGACGAUGGCGACGACGAUGACGAUGACGAAGACGGUGGGGGCAGAUCGAGGCGCAGCCGGCGUCGAGCGAGGGAGGAACCAGAGGAAGAAGAAGCCACGAAGCCGGCUGCUGCGGCGGCGAUCAGCAAGGGGAGCGGAGCGAACAAGCGAGCGCGCGUCCAGGGCGGGCGAGGCGGGGAUCGUGGGAAGAAUCAAAACAGCGGCACCGUCGGGGGUAGAGGAGGUCGGGGAGGGCAGCAACAAGGCCGGGGUCAGCAGCAGGGCCGAGGAAACAUGGCAAUGCAGAUGCAGGGAGGGGGGCGCGGCCCGCCGCAACAGAUGGGAAUGGGGUCGCUCGCGAUGGGCAACCAGGGGAUGAUGAUGGGACCCAUGCCGGGGAGGGGUAUGGGACCCGAACAGCAUCAGGGCGGGAUGGGGCCCGGGCCUGGGUCAUGGGGAAGGGGGGGAGGUGACAUGAACGCGGGGAUGCCAAGAGGCAUGCCUGGGGGGAUGAUGAUGAUGGGGCCACCGAUGCAAGGAAGAGGUAUGGGGCCUGGGGCUGAGCAAUGGGGAGGAGGAGGCAUGAACGCCGGUAUGCCAAGAGGAAUGCCGAGAGGGAUACCCGGGGGAAUGCUUCCUACGCCGCCUGCUUCGAACGAUUUCUUGGGUCCGAGUGGCGGUGACGGCCGAGGACCUGCGCUGUUGCCAGAACCGCGGCCGCCAAUGGGCGGAGCCAACAUGGCGGGCGGACGAGGCCUUCCCAACCUGCCCACUUCAACCGGAUUUGUGGCUCCACAUGGUGGUGGGCGGGGGCCUAUGCCGCGUCCGCCAAUGAGCGGAGGAGCUCACGUGGCGGGUGGGCGGGGUCUCCCCGCGCCGGCGAAUUCAAGCGGGCCAAUGGCUUCAGGUGGUGGUGGUGGUGGUGGUGUGCCGGGGCCCGGGCCGCGGCCGCAAAUGGGCGGAGCGAACAUGGGGGGCCGGGGUGGGGGCUCGCUCGGGCCGGGAAGACCGAUGGGAGCUAACGCAGUAGUCGGCCCUGGCGGUGGUGGUAGAGGUGGAGGUGGGCAAGGGAUGCCCUUGGGGGGCGGUGUUCCGUCUGGAGGACGGGGAAUGGGAGCUCUAGAAGGCGGGAGGCGAGAAAUCACCCCAAUGGCGGACAGGCCGGCUCAGGGGCCACAGCGAAGUCCCGUCCUUGGCCCCGUAAACGGUCCACGGGCGUUCGGGCCGGCGGCAGGAGAAGGGAACGGAGCCGGGAUGCCUCGACUCGGGCCGCAAGACGGGCGACCACUCGGCAGGAUGGAUGGCCCGCCGCCACGCCUAGAGGCCAGACAAGAGUUCGAUAACCGGCCAGGGGUGAACAUGCCCCGUCGGCCUGACGCUCACGGCACCUCGGAGAUGGGGCGUGGCCCCAAUUCGCAGCCGGCGCCCGAUCUCCGCGAACAGUUGAGUGGGCGGCAGAGAACCCUGCCAGACAACCCCAACGCCAACGCAAGCAAGGGGAGAAGCGUUUUCGACCGACUCGGGGCACCGCCAUCAUCCGCUGGGGGUGAGCAGGUGCAGCACACCAGCGCCCGUCACGGUCCAGACGCCCAGAGACAACAACACCCAGGGGAGGGGGGCGGCAUGCGUAACGCCGGCGGCGUCCAGCAGAGACCUGGCAUGCAGCAGGGGUCAGGCAUGCAGCAGGGAUCAGGCGUGCAGUCGGGACCUGAUGCGCGGCAAGGAGCUGGCGGCAUGCGUCGUAGUCCGACGAACAACCAAGCGGGCCUUCAGGAGCAGAGCAGGCAAGACAUGCAACGCGGGCCGAGUUUUCCGGAAGGCGCGGGCAUUGACAACACGCAAAGCCGAAGAGUUGGAGGUCAAGACGCUUGGUCAGGCGUGGGCAGCGGUGGUCGGCCAGGCCCUGGAGCUGUUGACUUGCAGAGACCCGGCAUGGAGCAACACGGGGGCGCGGGGCGAAAAAGUCCACAAGGCAUGGGGCCCGACCUCAACUGCGCUGGUGCUGGUGGCGGCCGCGGCAUGCCCCCUGUGACGAAUCGCGAGCACCCUGGAGGAGAGCACUUCGCGGAGUACGGCAAGAUCGUGGACAUGAGGCUCCGGGCGGCCGUGGCCGGGGACGGUGGCAACGGCGAGAAGGAGGCACUCAUCCAGUUCGCGAGCUCACGCCAGGCCGAAGCUUGUGUGUCGUCACCCAAGGCCGUCCUCGGCAAUCGUUUCAUAGUGGUGGACCUCAGCGAGACGAACCUCGUGGACGUCGAUCCUCACUACCAAGACCCCGAGGAGACGGCUGAUGCAGCCAGAGCUGCCGCCACUGCGAAGGCCGAGGCUGACGCUGCCGCGGCCGCCGCCACCGCUGCGGCCGCGGCACGGGCAGCUCGGAAGAAGGCAAACGACAAGCUGAUUGCUCAAGCAUCGAAGACCAGAGAGGUGGUCGCCCAGCAACGGGUGGUGGUCCUGCUGCAGGAGGGCGUGAAGGCGGCCGCCGUACCCAUCGCGACCACCAAGGCCAAGCGGAACAAGGUCCAGGGAUUCCUCAAGAUGAUGCAAGAGAAAGGCAAGCCCGAAACGGAGCAGGCGCGUUAUCGGGGGAUGCUCGAUACCCUUUCCGCCAAAGUCCUUGUUCUGGAGGCCGCCUCUCCAGCAGUAGAACUAGAGGCGCAACAGAGAAAACUAGCAGAUAUCGAGGCAGAGGCACGCGCCAUGGGCGCCACCGUCCCGCCGCCCCCGAACCCGGGUGUGCUCGCCAGGUUGGAGGGUGGAGGACGAGGAAGCAGUGGCGGCAGAGGGAGAGGCAGAGGUGCGGCUGUGGCAUCAGCAGGUGGGCGUGGCGGCGGUGGCGGCGAGGCGCGUGUGCCUCGCUCGCUCGACAAUCGACCCACCACGGUCAAGGUGUCCGGGUUGCCGGACAGUGCGGGGGAGGGUGACCUUCGAGUGCACGCCAACAUGGCGGGUGUGGUGGCAGCGGCGGCAAUGCUUGGCCGUCCUGGCGAGGGCGUCGUCAAGUUUGCGGAGAGAUGGGCGGCAGAAGUGUUCAUGUCCAAGAGCAAAUCCUUCGGCGGGAUCCCGCUCACCAUGUCUUGGUACACGGGACCAUUCCCAGGAUCGGCCCCGGCAUCGUCCCAACCGCCCAGGCGACCCCAUCAGGGACCAGGGAGCUUUCAGCAGGCCGCUCCUGUCAUCAGUGACGGUACUGGCGACAGCAUAGAGCUCAAGCUAGCUCCCGUCCAACAAGGGUUGGGCAUGGGGGGUCUGCGAGGUGCCGGCGGCUGGGGUGACGACUUCGGCAAGGAGGAGGGUGUUGGUUGGGGGGGCGACGUGUGGGGCAAGCGGAAGAACAACCGAGGGAGUGGCAACGGGAGCGCCGGCAGCUCGCCGCUUCACCUUCCCAGCGUAGAGGCGGGCGAUGAUGACGACGAGCUCUAUCAAGACAUGGGUUCGUGACGAAUCACGGCGUGAUGUCAUCGCAGGAGUCCGAGAGUUUGGCUUGACGUACUUUCAAAGAACGAACGGCCUUGCGCGCGACGUGGUCCAGGUUGCGACGUCAUGCCUGCCAUUCCAUCUUGUGUCUCUGCCGUUAUUGUCGUGUUCGCGGAUAUAUAUCCCAGCGACUGAACGAAUGUAGGCUGCCAAGGUAUCUACCUGGCACUUCGCAGGACUCUCUUGUGUUGUUUUGAUCCUCGAAAUCUAGAGAGUGAUGUGUUGUGUAUGUGUGUGUGUGUUUAGUACAUGAGAAGAAAGAGAAGUACAACCAUCCCCCCCAUCGGUCGGUGCAAGGAAACCUUGUGUAAAAGCAACGUCGUUUCAGUUUUGGCUGUUUCUUGAAAAACAACCUUGAUCAGGGCUAGCUGCCAAAAUAUCUGAUUGGUGGUCCACCCUACGACUGCUGUGGUGUGAAUGCCCGAUUUGAGGGUUUGCUUGCUAAUUUUGUGGCCGGUUUGUCGCCCCCCGCUGCCGUUCCGUACUUUGGUGCAAAUAUCUUGCGUGUAGGAAUCGUAUGGUCGGCGGUCGUUGUUGCACGAUGAAAUGAGUAGCCUACGCGCAUGAAAUGUAGGUUUUUAGGAUAAAUCGAAGUUGACGACACUUUUACACUCUGUCGUGAGGCAUUCGCGCUAGAUAGGGUAGUGGUAGGUUUGCCGGGAGGAACCAAAGUUCUCCUACAUGCGCCUCGACGUGCUCUAUGCUCUAUGUGUGCUGUGCAAUGCGGGAGUGAAAAUAAUACAAGAGCACGGCUCGUGCGGGAAAACCCGGGAUCGGGGGGCACAGGACCUCUAUCUAGCUGGUGUAUACUACAUGUAUCACGUUCGUUUUUUAAUGGCAUUCUGUUUCAAGUGCACAUACAUACGCUUACGUCUCUACUGAUAACCGUAGUGAGGGUGGGCACCUCGGCCACAAUAUCUGUAACGUAACAACUACGAUUGAGCUACACCCUCCCUCCAAAAUAGUUUACGAAGUCAACGUACAGGUGCAGCGCAUUUAUUAGCUUUAGAGGGUGAAUAUUGUGCUUGUGGUUUGGUAUUUGUAGAGACUUGAAGAGAUUGUUUGGCUCACGUUUGGAACUUUGUCUGGCAACUCUUCUUUAUUUUUCAGACGGCGAUAGGUAUCGCGAAGGACGCCGCAACGAGAUACACCCACCCUCACGAUUUUUGUUUUUCACAGUAUUUGUUUUGGUAGAUAAGCUCGAUGUCGAGCUCGGUUUUUUGUGCCUUGUUUUGUUGUGGGGAGUUUUUGUUUCGCAGGCCCAACUUGGUGUUUGCCGUAUCCCCAGCAAUAUUUAGUAUUUAGACCAUCCUCUGCAACAACGUUUGUUGUGUUUGUUCGUGUUCUCUGUUGACGUUGUUUUCUCCAGACUGCCCAUAACGUGUUCGUGACAGCAGUACUGUAGCCGUUCUUUACGUGUACCGCACAUUGAGUAUGACCCGGUUGUUCGGCGGGAGUCUUUUUCGUUUUCGGUGCAAGUCAUCUCAAGUCUUUGUCGGAAGCGAUGAUGUUAGUCAUCCGCGCGUAACUUGUUGUGACGACGGGGAACUUGACGUUCGUUGUCAUGCCGCGACCGGCGUGUUACUCGUAGUGGAGGUGGAUGCGUUCGUCAGUUUCCUAGGACAGUAUAGUAGGUAUGCCGUCUUGUUUCGUCGCACGUUGCAUGCUCGGGCUCUCUCGGGAAUUUGUCUAGUGUUUGGCUUUUAGGUUUUGAUUGCAACGGAGUCAGUCCCGGUUUGUGUGUGUAAACUAGGCCUGUUUUGUGUUUUUUGCGCCAACCUUGCGUCGUGUAUGCCCUCCCUGUAC